AAAACGGAAGAUGCCGAGUCCUGCUCGGUCAUCCAACGGUCACUCGUCUGCCGAGACGUCCCCGUGCCCCGUGAAGAAGAAGAAGAAACCGGGUGCUGUUAGCAGCAGCAAAGACCAGGUAACAGUCGUCAGAGUGAGCAGGUAUUCAGACACUAGGCCUCGACGCUGGAAGGCCUUUGUCUCGUCAUGAGGUGAAGCUUCAGGCCUAAAAGGGAUGCAGUUGUCUCUCUGGGUCAGACGAAUCAAAUGAAAAAAAAAAGUUAUUCUGCUGCUCUAAGUUUGGUUUCACCCGCUAAAGGACUGAGACGUCUGCUGCCACCAUCAUGAAACCCUUCAGUGAUUUCAACUGAAUCCUAUUAAGUGCCAUUACGUAUUUAACAUUAUUUGAUCUCUUCUGGGCAAGUUCAUCUCCAGAUGCAUCAAAUUGAAAACAUUAGAUUUACAAAUAUAUUGUUUUGGUUUUGCUGCACAUUUAUUUCGCAGUUUUCUACAACAAAAAAGUGCAGAAAUCAGAAACACAAACAUCUGUACAGGAAUCUCACUCAGGAAAAUAUUUCUCUAGAGCUCUCUAUUUAAUUUUUUACUUAUUUUGCAGGACAUUACUGUAUAGUCUGCUGCUAGCAUUACUUUUCUUUGAAUUUAUCUGAACGUGUCUUAGCUUUAGUUGACAGAGAACAACUUCCUUUAUUGUAAACUACAAUGAAUACUGUCCUGUUUCAGCAACAUAUUUUGGAGGGAUACAAUCUACUUUUAAAUAUAACACUAGCAAAUAUAUAAAAAACAACUAAAAUCAGGGAAUGAUAAUGACAAAGCCUGCGUGUUUAUAAGGUUCAUUGAGCAUUCUUGCUCCUUUGUAGGGAGAACACACAUCUGGAAGCUACAGCCCCACUCGCUGCUGUGUUCUGCUUUAUAUCGUUGCUAAUCAGUUAUCAGUGGGACGACUUGUUAUCACCUACUAAGGCAGCUGCGUUUCAGCAAUUCUUACUGACCGUGAUUUGUUUGUUUGUCGUGGUACUUUAUGGCUGUUUGACAUUUGAAAAGUGGAAAAUAUUCUCAUGACUCUUUGCACUUUGUUACGUGUUGUUGAAUAUCUGCAGUGUUGUAAGUCUGCAUCUAUCAGUGGUGAAAUAUUGUGAAAUUGUUAGAAGAUACCAGGGGUUACCCUGUGAUUUCUGUCUCUUUUUAGCUCCAUCGAGUUCUUAAUACUUCUUUGCACUAUUGCACUAUUGGCCAAUUGGCAAGUUAUGUCACUGAAAGUGUUAUGUUUAGGAUUUUCUGCUCAUAUUAAUUCAUAUUGUUGUCGUACAUUUUUAUGCAAUUGUUUAAUAGCGUUGGAUUCUUCUGGCAAUGGUAAAAGUCUGAGAGUUAGCUAUCAGUUAAAAUGCUUUUCUUUUAAUAUAAUUCCCUGCAAUCUGGGAAAGUGCCAAGUGCAUGCUGUGCGUCCUUAAUGGGUAAAGCAGUUCACAAAUGCACAGUAGGUAAAUGAUUGCUGGUGUCUUACAAAUGACCUUUUGUAAAUCAUUCGUAGCAACGAACCCAUGCCAUUUUAAUUAAGGUCGUCCACACCGUUGACCCUCCUGCACAUUGGUAAUGGUUGUGCUCUAAAAACCAGUCGGUGUGCAAUACGUGUGCCUUUUUUUUCAAUUGUCAUGCUGUGCAUGCCUGCUUGGCUCUGUUAAUCUCUGGCCUGAUUUUGACCUUCCCCAACUUUUGUCUUUCUUUUGCCUGCAUUCCAGUCAGAACUAAGACACGGUCCCUUUUACUAUGUGAAGCAGCCAGCACUCACAACAGACCCUGUUGAUGUUGUACCGCAGGACGGCAGGAACGACUUCUACUGCUGGCUGUGCCACCGCGAGGGCCAGGUGCUCUGCUGUGAGCUCUGCCCCAGGGUGUACCACGCCAAGUGCCUCAAACUACCAGCCGAGCCCGAGGGCGACUGGUUCUGUCCGGAGUGUGAGAAAAUAACAGUUGCUGAGUGUAUAGAGACUCAGAGCAAAGCCAUGAUGAUGCUAACGAUAGAGCAGCUGUCUUACCUACUAAAGUUUGCCCUUCAGAAGAUGAAACAGCCAGGUGAUCAUCCCCGCUUGUCAUCUCGCUCCCCCCAUGCAGCUUCCACGCAGAGAAAGACUUUUAAUUGGACCGAACCCUUCCAGAAGCCCGUCUCUCUCGAACAGCACCCGGAUUACGCAGAGUACAUUUUUCACCCGAUGGAUCUUUGCACACUGGAGAAGAAUAUAAAAAAAAAAAUGUAUGGCUGCACAGAGGCCUUCUUGGCAGAUGCCAAAUGGAUUUUGCACAACUGCAUUAUAUACAAUGGAGGCAAUCACAAACUCACGGCUACAGCUAAAGUGAUAGUAAAGAUCUGUGAGCACGAGAUGAAUGAGAUUGAAGUUUGUCCCGAGUGUUAUCUAUCUGCUUGCCAAAAGAGAGACAACUGGUUCUGUGAGCCUUGUAGUAAUCCACAUCCUCUAGUGUGGGCCAAACUGAAGGGAUUUCCAUUCUGGCCUGCUAAAGCUCUGCGUGACAAAGACGGACAAGUGGAUGCUCGCUUUUUUGGUCAGCAUGACAGGGCGUGGGUGCCUUUAAACAAUUGCUACCUCAUGUCUAAAGAGAUUCCCUUCUCCGUGAAGAAGACCAAGAGCAUCUUCAACAGCGCCAUGCAAGAGAUGGAGGUCUACGUGGAGAACAUGAGGAAGAAGUUCGCCGUCUUUAACUAUGCCCCCUUCAGGACACCUUACACCCCCGACAAUAACUUCCAGAUGCUGCUGGAUCCCUCCAACCCGUCGUCCACCCCGAUCAAACCCGACAAGCAGGAGAAGAUCAAGCUGAGCUUCGACAUGACGGCCUCCCCCAAGAUCUCAUUGGCCAGGACCAUGCUGUCGGGGGCCGGGGUGGGAGGGAGCGCGGCGGGCCGGAGACUCCCCCUCAGUGACAUGCCUCGCUCCCCCAUGAGCACCAACUCCUCUGCCCACACCGGUUCAGAUGGGGAGACGGAGACGGCGGACAAGUCCCAGACGAAGGCUCCAAACAGCCAGUACAGCACGGGAGAAGAGUCCAUGGACUGUACAGCGUCACCUGCCCAUCCUCGACCUUGUCCAGCUGGCAGUUCCUUAGACAGCCCUAAACCAUUCCACUCUCAAGCUCCUGGUGGUCCCAAGCAGGAGAAGACACCACCGACAGGAAGCAUACUGAACCUCAAUCUAGAUCGGAGCAAAGCGGAAAUGGACCUGAAGGAGCUUAGUGAAACGGUUCAGCAGAAACAAGGAGCCACGCCGGUCCUCACCUCUCCGAAAAGACAGAUCAAGAGCCGGUUCCAGCUGAACUUGGACAAAACCAUCGAGAGUUGCAAGGCACAGUUGGGUAUCGAUGAGAUAUCCGUGGACGUGUACAAAGGUGUGGAACACAGUGACUCCGAGGACUCUGAUAAAUCCGACUCCAGUGACAGUGAGUACGCCAGCGAUGACGAGCAAAAGACCAAGGAGGCUGAGGACGCGGCACCCAGUGACGAGGCCCAGAAGGACUCUGCCAAAAGUAAAGCCAAAGACCAACCUUCCCCGAGCCAAGAGGAGGGUGAAGCCGAUUCGCACGUGGCAUCCGAGACUACGGCAGGCGACGGCAGCGCGAGUGCAUCAGAUGCUCCGACUAGAGCGCAAGCAAGCACCGGUUGUGAAAAAGAGAGCCCAGAAAAGACCAAAGCACCUCCAGCCUCACCCAGUCUCAGGGAGAGGGCUCACGGGAAAGAAGAGGCAAAGCAGGCCGUGCCGGUGGAGGACUCCGACUCGGAGAGAGAGCUGGUUAUUGACCUCGGAGAGGAACAGGGAGCCAAGGACCGGAAGAGGAGCAGGAAGGACAACGCCUCCGUCAAAGAGGCUUCCGCUGCUAAAACUGAAGGGAAAGCCGUGACCACGUCAACGCUCCCGUCUCAGAACAGCACGGCUCCCUCCACUCCCCCCAGCGCUUCCACACAGUCUCCCAUAGCCGUGCCUGUCACCAUGGUCUCCUUCACCACUCCCUCGCCCGCAACCAUCAGCCUUGCGAACGUGUCCGGGGCCACCGCAACACCCCCGUCUUCCUCCUCCUCGGCCUCCGCCACGCCGGCUCUGAAGAAGCAGCGUCCUCUGCUGCCCAGGGAGACGGUGCCGGUGGUGCAGAGGGCUGUAGUGUGGAACCCCGGCGCCAAGUUUCAGACCUCCUCUCAGAAGUGGCACAUGCAGAAGGUGCAGCGACAGCAACAGAACCAGCAACCGGCGGGAGAGGCGCAGGCCCCGGCGUCGUCCCCCGGGCAAGGGCAGGCCCAGGCGCCGACCCAGACGCAGGCCGCUGGGACCGGCUCCGCGGCAGUGUCCUCGUCCUCGGCACAGCAGUCGUCUCAGAGCGCGCGCUACCAGACCAGACAGGCUGUUAAAGCUGUUCAACAAAAAGACGCCCCGCUCAGCACGUCCACGUCGGCCGUCACCCUGGUGUCCGGCAGCCCGUCGGCUGUCGCCAUGAUGGCCACAGCUGCUACGUCAUCACCCGUGGCAACAGACCUGUAUAUCCCCACUGCUUCGGCCGACGCAGCUGCGGACAUUGCCAAGUACACAAAUAAAAUAAUGGAUGCAAUCAAAGGCACAAUGAAUGAAAUCUACAAUGACCUGUCGAAGAGUACUUCAGGCAAUACAAUAGCAGAGAUAAGACGACUGAGAAUCGAAAUCGAAAAAUUACAGUGGCUGCAUCAACAAGAGCUGUCAGAAAUGAAGCACAAUCUUGAGCUCACAAUGGCAGAGAUGAGGCAAAGUCUGGAACAGGAGAGAGAGAGGUUGGUGAGCGAGGUGAAGAAACAGAUGGAGCUAGAGAAGCAGCAGGCGGUGGACGAGACCAAGAAGAAGCAGUGGUGCGCUAACUGCAGGAAAGAGGCCAUCUUCUACUGCUGCUGGAACACCAGCUACUGUGACUACCCGUGUCAGCAAGCCCACUGGCCAGAGCACAUGAAGUCCUGCACUCAGUCAGCCUCAGCCCCGCAGCAGGAGUCCGAGGCUGAGUCGACCGCAGACCUCCCCAACAAAGGUUUAGGGCAGACUAGCAGUGGCCCGAGCUCUCUGGUGGUGCAGGGGCCGGCGUGUCUCUCAGACAAAGACUGUGACACGGAGAAGAGCACUGACGCCGCCCCUGUCACUUUAUCCUGAACAAGUCUACUGUACUGCAAAAUGUAAAUGUGUAUAGAUCUUUUUUUUUUUCCACAAUAAGGACACGUCUAUGUAAAUUGUUCUGUUCAAGCAGCCGUUACGGGAGCAUUCUAAAUUAUUUUUUAUUUAUAUAUUUUUGUUGCCCUCCAGGGCUCACAUACUGUCCCCAGUACACAGUGGUCAUUUUAAAUGUGGAAUCGAGACUGACAGCAGAUUAGUUAGCAACCACUAGACAGGGUGGUUUAAGGAGUGUAUACUGCAUAUUCACGCACUGCCUUGCAGACUGUAGAGAGCUGUCGGUGUGAAGACCUUCAAAGCAUGCCUGAGUGUCUCCAAACAUACAUCUACUGUAAAAGACAGUUAAACCGUUUUAGACUGCAAAAGUGUAACCCAUGCUAAUGGAUCGCCCGGAUUUAGAUUAGACUGUUGACAGAAAUAUCUGUAAAAUACCUAUUUUGUAUUUUAUGUUAAUUUAUUUGUUAUUCUAAUGUUGCCUGCUGUAUACUACAAAGAAAAUAACAAAUACAAACAUUUUAAACAAA